GAGAAGGACCGGCGAAGAGACGACGACGCCGAGACGGUGGUCGUUCGAGUUCUCGCCGGAGAAGAUGGUGAUGAUUCGUUCCAGAUUCGCCUUCUGACCGCUGAGCGUGUGUCAUCUACUGCAUAUCCCUUCUUGCGGGGAUUAUCGGUUCCUAAGCAUCUGAAAUCGGAGAGGAUAAGAAUAGUUUUUUUCUCCCCCUUUUGUAUCGGUUUUGUUUUCUACGAUUGUGGUGCUGGCGAUGAGGAAGGGCCGUGCGCAGUCCUCGAAGCUGACGGCGGCGGCGGAGGCAACUGCUUUGGCGGCGGCGGCGGAGAUGCGGUUCCGUGGCGUUCGGAAGCGGCCCUGGGGGCGUUUCGCGGCGGAGAUCCGUGACCCGUGGAAGAAGACGCGGAUCUGGCUCGGCACCUUCGACUCCGCCGAGGACGCCGCACGCGCCUACGACGCGGCGGCUGUCGCCCUCCGAGGACCUAAGGCCAAGACUAAUUUCCCAUUACAGCCAUCGUCCUUACCAACUCAUCCUUCCGUCGCCGCCGCGGCUUCCGCUCAUUUCUCCUUGCAGCACCCGUCACAGCCAUCUCAGCGGCCGAUUUCUAGCAGCCACAGCAGCACCGUGGAGUCGUCCAGCGGUCCGAGGCUGCCGUCUUCUUCUGUGCCGAUCCGUCUGCGGCAGCCGGAGCAAAGGCGGCAGGCCAACCCCCCGGCGCCCCCGCGUCCGCUAAACGGCGACGGUGACUGCCACAGUGACUGCGGAUCCUCUUCUUCCGUCGUCGAUGACGACGACGACAUGAUCAUAUCUUCCUGGCCGCAGCCACUGCCAUUUGAUCUUAACCUUCCGUAUCCAGAUGAUGAUAUCCAGGACACGGUUCUCCGCCUCUGAUGAGCGUUCUCUCGGCCGAGAGAAGAGAACAAAUUCAGGAAAAAAAACAAACUGGUUUUUCCCUUCUCUCCUGAGUUCUUCUGAUUUCUCCCCACGAAAACAUUCGAACCCUGCCUUUUUAUACUUCGAUCUACAUGUACGGGGUUGAAUUUAAGUUUUGAAAGCUAUAUGACGAUGAGUAUAAUUCAUGGAUCAAAUUGUGUAAGAACAUAUUUGAGGUUUCUCUUAGUUUGUUACUCUUUUGCCUUUUGUUCAAUGCACGAACAGUUCUCUA